CCCCAACAUUGCGCACUCAAGGAGCACAAGAGAUGGCUACAAAGAGAGAGCGCUCUCCUUCCCCAACUGCUACUUCGGGCAUUUUCCGAUCCUCGACAAUUAAAGAGCAAACGUCCGUUUUCGUUGCCGCUUUCUCUCCUAGCCUCUCCGCCAAAGCACUACAAGCACUCCCGGAAUUUAGAACCGCAUCACACAAGAUUGCAGCAUGGCGAAAGCGCUCACGGCAGAGGUCACUAAUGCCAAAUUCCAAUGUUCUGUAUGAUUUGGGCCAUGAUGACGACGGAGAGAAGUGGGCGGGAGGACGCGUAAGUAACGUGCUCAAAGACACACAGACAGAGGGUGCUGUGGUCGUAGCGCGAUGGUAUGGUGGUCAGAACAUCGGACCCAUACGUUUUACCCACAUGGAGAACUGUGCCAAAGAAGCUAUUUGGAAAUGGAAAGUCGCCGAUACGGAGGCAAGGCAAGAGCAGGUCACCAAGAAGCAAAAGGUAGACGAGGAAAUGAAACAGAAAGAGUUGGUUAAGAAUUUACAAGAGCGAGAUUAUAACAUCUUCGCUUUGCGGAAACUGUUAUCAGAAAAGAAAGCGAAGCUUCAAGGUGAAGAGCCGGCGCCACCAACGCCAUCUAAACCGCAAGCGUAUGAGACGAUGAGUAUGGAGGCGCUAAUGAGGGUCGACAAAGCGAGGGAUGCAACGAUUGCGUUCAUUUUGAAGCAUAUCGACAAGGUAGAUGAAGAGUUGAAGCUGGUGGAGGCAUUAGAAGAUGGCAAGCCAGAUUUGUCGGAGGGUGUGGUCGAACAGGCCACGGAAAAAGACACGACACCAGCGACACCAGAAUGAAACAGACGUCAAGCAAGUAACAGUCAAGCUCCUCGCGCGACGAACACAUCAGCGCACCCCCUGCUGAGUCUUCAUGUACGAUAUGAAAUUCCGAACCGGACCCAUCCUUCAAUCUGAGCUGCAAUAGAGCAUCUCUUAAGUCAACGCAGACACAAGGCCUGCUCUGAACUGAAAUCCGAGCCCCUGGAUGUGUGUAGUCAACCUAUGGAACAUACACUACAUUAACGCCUUCACUCAACCUCACCCGCCAGUCUACCUUCGGCGCUGUAGCACUAGCCACCCGCAUAUCAGAUAUUGGCACGUUGGAGCUGCUAGGGUGAAAAACACGGGGUGAGCCUCGGUAGUAAGAGUGAAUAAGCCGUGUAAGAAGAAUGAAGGAGGUUUUACAUUACGACUAUGGUAGAGGGAAUUAGGGUUUAAAGGCACGGGGUCGUAGAUACUCUGAAAUAAAUGGAAUGCAAUGAGGAUCUGGUGUG